AUGACGGAAGAUGAUGGGCGUUCUCCACCUCGAGAACCAGAUCCACAAACCGCCACGACCCUCUCCCCGCCAACAGACGCUCUUCACAACCCACUGGAAGAAACUAAAGACGGGAUUAGCAUCAACGACCUAACCCCUAUCGAAGCCCUCCAACUCAUUUGCCGCUACAUUGACACCCUCUAUAUCCCCGCCUCCCCUCCACCCCCCGCCCUCUCACCCACCGGCGAAAAAGUGAACCCAUUCCUCGAAUACGCUCCCUGCAUCGAAGGUGGUCAAGAAACAAAAGAACAAUGGGAAGCGCGCGAGCGUGAGGAGAAAAGGAUCCAGCGGGAUUGUAUUGCUAGACGAUUUUGGAGCAAGGCGCCAGUUGGGAUUGGGCUUGAGGGGUAUCUGAGGAGGAUUCAUACGUAUUGUCCGAUGAGCACUGCGGUCUAUAUCGCGGUGGGGAGGUAUUUGCAUCGACUGGUUAACCCACCUACGACACCCAUAUUCUCUUCACCAUCGUCAGACUCAUCGAUAUCCAGCACAGCAUCAACCAACACCCCAAUUUCAGUAACCCCCCUCAACAUCCACCGCCUCGCCCUGGCCUCCCUCCGCCUUGCACAGAAAUUCUUCGAAGACAAGAUCCAUUCGCAGGGAAGGUUUGCAAAGGUUGGCGGGGUUGCGGUGAGGGAAUUGGGGAGGUUGGAGGUUGGGUUGUUGUUUUUGUUGGAGUGGGAGGUUGGGUUGGGGGGAGAUGUGGAGGGGUUUGUGAGGGGGAUGGGGGAGGUUGUUGGCUGGGCGUGGCGAACACCGAGACCGAGUCAGGAUGGAGCAGCUGGAGGGGAAGGAGAGGGAACGCCGAACACGCCGGUUGUGGAGAAUGGGGGUGUGCAGACGGUUACGGACGGCGUUUCGGUCAUGGCGACCACAUCGUGA